UAAAGGGACUAAUUGACUAUCUUGGCAAACAUCUAACACAUCAUCCUAUCAUAUAUGAACCUUAUCUUCAUGAAUGAUGAAUGUUUCACAUAGAUCCACAAAAUUUUCUUCCUAACAUGGCUGUGGUAGAAACUCAUAUUCUUACCAAUGAAUCCUUAUUGCUUUCAUCAUGUAGUAAUAGUAGUAUACAACCAUACAUACGCCGUAGUUCCAAGGUCCUAUCUUAUCAGAUAUCAAUGUUGUUGAAAUCAGCAAUCAUGCUAAGAUUACGGAGAUUUCCAUCAUGUGCUAAUCUCCUCUAUGAGAUUAUCAGCAGCCUUACCAGAUUUUCUGGGAUACUUUUAGUGAUUAUAAAUUCAACAAGAUUGAUUGGUCGGCAGAGCAUGAGAUUCUGUACUAAUCAUGCAAUCAAUCUCCUCUGGUUCAUUCUUUGGUUAUGAUCCUCAGCACCAGAGCACAUGCAGGGUUUCUGCGGUCAAUGUUUUGAUAAAAAUAUGGAACUUAACGUUGAAUCAAAGUAUAUAGGAUGUCUUGGCGGUUGAUUUGUAAAUAAUAGAGAUUCUGGGACGGUCAGGAAUUCAUUAUUAAAUGGUUGACUUUUUGAAAUAUCAUCAGGGUGUUUGACUAUGAAGGUUUUGCCUUCUAUAAAAGCAACAACAAUUGCUCACCUGAUACCUCAUCAAUCAAAACUACAAGUUCUAAAUUCUUUUCUGUCAAUAUAGCAUCAAUGGCUACGGAAAUGAGGUACACUCCACUCUGUUUGUUCUGUAUAUUAGCUGCAACAUUAGUCCUCAUCAUCAUUUACUUGAAGCACAAGAAACACUUUGGCACAAGCAAGAGAAAACUACCACCUGGGGAAAUGGGGCUUCCCUGGAUAGGACAAACAAUGGAGUUCUACAGAGCUCAACAGAAAAACAGUUUGUUCGAUGACUUUGUUCAGCCCCGGAUUGCAAAACAUGGCAAAAUCUUCACAACACAUCUAAUGGGAUCACCAACUGUGAUUGUGAAUGGAGCCAAUGCUAACAGAUUCCUGUUGUCCAAUGAGUUCAAGCUGGUGAUAAGUUCGUGGCCUUCAGCAUCGGUUCAGCUUAUGGGGAAGGACUCCAUCAUGGAAAAGCAAGGGGAGAGGCACCGCUGCCUUCGCGGGCUUAUAGGCUCAAGCCUUGGCCAGGCAGGGCUUGAGACUUUAGUGCCUAAAAUAUGUAACUUAAUGAAGUUGCACUUGGACACAAAAUGGAAAGGCCAGGAUGAGAUCAGCCUGUAUCAUGCAACGAAAGUCUUGACUUUUUCAAUAGUGUUUGAGUGCUUGUUGGGGAUCAAUGUGAAGGCAGAUAUGUUGGGAACAUUUGAGAAGGUUUUGGAAGGAGUUUUUGCAGCACCAAUUAAUUUUCCGGGGUCCAGGUUUUGGCGAGCAAAGAAAGCGAGGAAGGAGAUUGAGAAAAUACUGGUUAAAGUAGUAAGAGAGAAGAAGAAGAAGCACAUGGAAGAAAGCAAGAAAGAAGAAGAAGAGCAAGGAGGGAUGUUGCUGUCUCGAUUAGUGGCUGGGAUGAUUCGAGGAGAAAUUACCGAAGAGGAGGUUGUUGAUAAUGUGGUCUUGCUGGUCUUCGCAGCUCAUGAUACUACUUCUUUUGCCAUUGCCAUGACAUUCAAAAUGUUGGCUCAGCAUCCAUAUUGCCACAGUUUCCUACUUAAAGAACAUGCUGAGAUAAUGAGAAGCAAAAAACCUGGUGAUCAAAAUCUGACAUUGGAUGAUACGAAGAACAUGAAGUACACCUGGCAGGUUGCUCGCGAAAGCAUGCGUCUCUUCCCUCCUAUCUUCGGCUCUUUCAGGAAAGCCAUUGCUGAUAUUGAAUAUGAAGGAUUCACUAUUCCACAAGGAUGGAAGGUGUUGUGGACAACAUAUGGAACACAUUACAAUUCAGAAUAUUUUGAAGAUCCUUCGAGUUUCAAUCCAAGCCGGUUUGAGGAGCAUGUUCCACCAUAUGCCUUUCUGGCAUUCGGAGGAGGGCCAAGAGUUUGUGCAGGGUACCAACUUGCUAAGCUGAACAUCCUCAUUUUCGUGCAUUUCAUUGUGACUCGUUAUGACUGGUCUUUGCUAUAUCCUGAUGAGCCUAUAUCCAUGGAUCCUCUUCCAUUUCCUUCAUAUGGAAUGCCUAUUAAAAUUACUCCAAAGUUGUUUUGAAGU